GCGCGGCUUCCCCGGUCCUCGGCGGCGGCGGCAGCAUCGCCCCUCGCGGGAGCCGCCGAUGCGCGGCCACUGAGCCGGCCAGCGAGGCCCGCGCGCGGCGGGGGCGGCGGCACGCGCCCGGCCACCGUGACCCCGAUUUUGGACUUACCGCUCGGGGGGUGGGGGGAGCCCGGAUUUAACUGGCGGCUGUUUUGGGGGACGCCGGACGCCAUGUUGUGGAAAAUAACCGAUAAUGUCAAGUACGAAGAGGACUGCGAGGACCGCCACGACGCGAGCAGCAAUGGGAACCCGCGUCUGCCGCACCUGGCCUCGGCCGGCCAGCACCUCUACAGCCCCGCGCCGCCGCUCUCGCACACCGGCGUGGCCGAGUACCAGCCGCCCCCUUACUUCCCGCCCCCCUACCAGCAGCUGGCCUACCCGCAGUCGGCCGACCCCUACUCGCACCUGGGCGAGGCCUACGCGGCCAUCAAUCCCCUGCACCAGCCCGCGCCCGCCGGCAGCCAGCAGCAGGCCUGGCCCGGCCGCCAGGCCCAGGACGCGGCCGGCCUGCCCGCGCACCACGCGCGCCCCGCCGGCCUCCUGCCGCACCUCUCGGGCCUGGACGGCGCGGCCGUGGGCGCCCGCAGGGACGCCUACCGCCGCCCCGACCUUCUGCUGCCCCACUCGCACGCCCUGGACGCCGCGGGCCUGGCCGAGAACCUGGGGCUGCACGACAUGACCCACCAGAUGGAGGAGGUCCAGAACGUGGAGGACCAGCACCUACUCCUGCACGAUCAGACGGUUAUUCGAAAAGGUCCCAUUUCCAUGGCCAAGAACCCCUUGAGCGUCCCCUGCCAGAAGGAGCUGGUGGGGGCCGUAAUGAACCCCAGCGAGGUCUUCUGCUCGGUCCCCGGGAGGCUGUCCCUGCUCAGCUCCACGUCCAAGUACAAGGUGACGGUGGCCGAGGUCCAGCGGCGACUGUCCCCACCCGAGUGUCUGAAUGCCUCCUUACUGGGCGGCGUUCUCAGAAGGGCCAAGUCAAAAAACGGAGGCCGGUCGCUGCGGGAGAAGCUGGAUAAAAUCGGGCUGAACCUUCCGGCCGGUCGGCGGAAAGCGGCACACGUCACACUCCUGACGUCUCUGGUGGAAGGGGAGGCUGUCCACCUGGCCAGGGACUUCGCGUACGUCUGCGAGGCCGAGUUCCCCAGCAAGCCCGUGGCCGAGUAUCUCACCCGACCUCACCUCGGCGGCCGCAACGAGAUGGCAGCAAGGAAGAGCAUGCUGCUGGCCGCACAGCAGGUGUGUAAGGAAUUCACGGACCUCCUCAACCAAGACCGGACCCCCAACGGCAACAACAGGCCCACCCCGGUCCUGGAGACCAACAUCCAGAACUGCUUGUCGCAUUUCAGCCUCAUCACGCACGGCUUCGGCAGCCAGGCCAUCUGCGCCGCCGUGUCGGCCGUCCAGAACUACAUCAAGGAGGCCCUGGUGGCCAUAGACAAAUCCUACCUGAACCCCGGGGACCAGAGCCCCCCCGACUCGGGCAAGGGCCUGGAGAAGAUGGAGAAGCACCGGAAAUGAGGCGGCGGCUGCGCGGGGGCAAGACCGGGAGGAGGACCCAGAAACUCCCCCCCAUCCCCGAACCCCCAGCCCCCGGCCGGGACACCCCGUUGAAUUCAGGGACAGAGCUGGUCACCCCCCCUUCCCACCCAGAAGCCCGGGGGCCGAGGGGCUGCCUGCUGACUCCCGGACGAGCAGCCGCCACCUCUGCGCGUCAUGCGUCCGUCUGGUUUUGUCUGAGUCCCCUUCCUCCUUCCUCUCAAAAGUGGUGCUACGCGUUUUAGAACCUUUUAAAAAGAAAUUCCCCGGGCCCGUCUGCGGGGCGGGGGGGGACGCCCCCCCCCAGGCGGUUUGGCUUUGGGGUCAGUGUUAACGGGAAGGGCCAGCUUCUGUGUCCACUAAAUAUUUAUCUUGAGAAAUUAUUUAUCUCGCCUCUUCCGACGUCCGCCCGUGUCCCGUGGGAGACGGCUCCGACGUGCCUGAUGAUUCGCCGUCCCCACAGCCCUGCGCCCGGGGAACCUUGGGUUCGAGGAGAGUUGUAGAAGCAAAGCCUGCUGAUUUGUGUUGUUCUUCGUCUUAUUUUUUAAAAAAAAAAAAAUGUUGCGCGUGCUCUUCACUUGGGAGAAUCUUAAUGACAGGGUCCUUAAGGUACUGAAGCUUUAUUUGCAUAUUUAUUUCACAGUUCAGUGUCUGUUGGAGGGAAACUUGAAACGGGCAGGCACGGAGGCAUUUUUAAUUCUGGGUUUUCUUUUUUCUUUUUUGUUUUUUUUUUUGUUUUGUUUUGUUUUUUGGUACUGCCUGUCACCCCCAUGUCCGGAGGGAGGCUUUGUUUUAUUUUUUUGUUUUGUUUUGUUUUUUGUUUUUUGUUUUUUUUUUUUUUUGCGAUGCUGUGUCAGUGUACAGAUGUUAUUUAUGCGUAAUUUAACGGGGUCUGUAAAUAGGAGCUGCACUUCGUAAGCCUUUUGAGACUCGGGUUUGAUUGUAAUUAACUUCUAAAGGUGACAGGGGGCCGUUGACGACACAUCUUUAGCUUGUCCACAGGACACGGGGUUGGGGGGAAGGGUGGAGGCGUUCCUGGGUGCGUUUCUGGAUGCGGAAGAUUCUUGGUCGCAGAGUGGUCCCCGGUGAGUCUCUGGCUGGGCAGGACCCCCUGUGAGUGUGCGGUUUGGUGAGGGGGGGCCGAGUGGGAGCCGACCUCCGCCCGGCGGCGCCCCCCCCCCCCCGGGUCCUUGCUGUGUAUAUGACGCCUGUACA